UAGUAUUAGGUGCACUGGCCUUUAUUCUGUCAGAAAGGCUACGAUGGCUACCGAAGUGAAGACCCAGUUGGCUGAACAUCCACUGAUGGCUCCAAGGGCUGAGCCUGAAAAGAAGUCAGGACACAGGCCGAGGAGCCACGGGGACGGCGGGCUGCAGAAAGAACUGAUGAUCCCAGGGAUUGUGGAUUUCCAGCUGAUCCAAACGGCACUGAGGACCCCCAGGCCCCAAACCCCUGGGGCCUACCGCUUUGGCCGCCUCAGCCACCACUCCUUCUUCUCCCGACACCACCCGCACCCACAACGUGUGACCCACAUCCAAGAUCUCACCGGGAAGCCCGUCUGUGUCGUCAGAGACGAGUUCUCUCUAGCCCCCGUGCCUCAAGUCACACUUUUAUCCCGCUGCCUGAUGGGGAUGCCCGGCAUCUCUGUCCCCGUUGGAGACCCACAGUCCAAUCGGGAGCCUCAGCUUUCCUCUGAGACCUGGAAGAAGGAGUUGAAGGACCUGGCUUCCCGGGUGGCCAUCUUCACUAAGGAGAAUGAGCUGAAGAGCAAAGAGAAGGAGGAACCUCAGCGGGAGCAGGGGGCAAAGUACUCGGCCGAAACCGGGAGGCUCAUCCCCACUUCCAGCCGAGCCGUUGGUCGCCGCCACUCUCGCCAGAGCCCCCGGAUUUAUCCUUCUGGCAAAGAUGGAGGAGUUCAGACCAUUGUCCUGCGGGAUCAGGAGCUGCUGAUCCUGGAGCUCCUUUGUCAGAUCCUGCAGACAGACUCCUUGAGCGCUAUCCAGUUCUGGCUUCUGUACGCUCCUCCGAAGGAGAAAGACCUGGCCCUGGGGCUCCUGCAGACAGCAGUGGCUCAGCUCCUUCCACAGCCCCUAGACUCUCUCCCGGUGGAAAAACUUCUCCAUCAGCUCCACGAAGUCCAAGAACCUUCUCAAGAGAGGCAACAACCACCCUACAGCCAAUCCCCGAAGAAGACAAAGACGCCGCCCCUACCCAAAGGCGACAAACCAGAGUAUAUCGGAAGAGCACAAGUUCUUCGGAUGCAUUCAAGCCAGAUGGCAGAAGAGAAAGCCUCACAGCCAAAGGCAGAAUGCUGAGUCCGAGUCCCUUUGCCCGCCUUGCUCAGGAGCUGCCCCCUGGUUUGAGGCUGUUCUUACCAGCCUCAACAGCCCCACCGUCUCAACAGCAAUACCGACUUGCCUAUCACACGGAGCCCAUUAAAAGGCUGCCUUCCCUUUAGGAGGACAAUUCCA